AUGGCGCCGAUUACACUGUGCGACGUCAUCUUCACUUCCGAGCGAUGCGAUCGUGUCAUGUACGGAUUGCGGCCGGUGAAUGGCGAUCCGACACGUUACAAACAAUGCGGACCAUCUGGUCGCGUGUGGAUUGUGCCGUGCGCACCGGCGAUGACUUUUGAUCCGGAGGAUCGAGUUUGCAAAGAGCGAUUAGAUAGACACGAGCAGCAUGCGACCACGAUGUCGCCGAGGAAGAUGAUAAUUACGACACCUGCUCCGCAGCAAAACCCGGAUGCCGAGGAAUUUGUAUUCUCAACAGUUCGACCGAAACGGCCGAGACCGCGAACCAAAACGAAAUCAACGAAGACAAAAACCCGAAAACCACUACGGACCACAACAACAACAACAACAACAACGACGACGACGCCAAUUCCAACGACUACAACAAGGGCUCCAGAUAUUGUGAUAUUUAGUUCGAAAAAGAACAGUGGGCCGGCUUUUAAUCGGCCGGGAAGACCGCGAAUUCCGACUACUACAAGUUUGCCGCCUCCGGUGACUCAUGCCACCAUAUUCAUGCCGGCUCCGAUUCAGCGAACCACACCUCGAGCCAAGUAUAUUGAUGAGAUCGGACGACCCGCGACACUUCCACCUUAUACGUCGAAUCAGGCGAAUGAACAUGGCAGAUCGCUAGAGAUUGGAACGGGUCUCACAACGAUGAAGCCUGAAUAUACUGUGAAGUACAAUGGAAAAACAAUGACGGAAUCGGAGUUUCUGGAACAACUAAUGCACAUUGUUCAACAUCAGAAGGCGGUUGCUGAUAGAUUACAACAGGAGAAAUUCGAGAAAAUGCAAAAAGAACGACUGCGGCAAGAGCAGGAGGAGAGAGAGCGGGAGGCUGAGAGACGCAGACAGAUGGAAGAAGCUGAAAUGGCAAGACAGUUGGAGUUGGAAAAGCAAGCUGCUUUGUACGCAGAACAAGAACGAUUGGAACUCGAACGCGAACAAGAGCUUCAACGAAUUCAGCAGGAGGAGAGAAUGAGGGAAAUGGAGAGACGCCGGCAAGAAAUGGCCGCACAGGAACUUGCCAGGAAAAAGGCUCUGGAGAGAAUGAAUUUCGAGCGCGAGCAGAAGAAUGAACGAGUCCGGCAGGAGUUGGAAGCAGCACGUAGACAAAAAGAACUGGCGGAGAAGCAAGAACGACUUCGGAUUAUUGAAGCCGAACGAAAAAAGAAGGCUCAGGUCGAGGCGAAACUCAAAGAGAUUGAGAGACAGCGUGAGAUGGAGAGGCGAAGGAAAUUGGCGGAAGAAGAAGCUCGAAGAGAGGAAGAGAUGAGAUUGAAACUCGAACACGAGCAGGCCGAACGACAAGCGGCUUUGUUGGCAGAAGCUCGAAGGCGGGAAAUCGAAGAGCAACGACGAAUUCGGAUGGAGCUGGAAAGGAAGAAGGAAUUGGAGGAGCAGCGGCGUAAGGCGGCCGAGGAACGAGCAAGACUGGAGGAGAUUGAGAAGCAACGGGAAAUGAUGAGGCAGAUUGAAGAAGCACAACGGCAGAAUGCCUAUACGACGACGACAACGUUGGCUCCGACGACAAUUCGGCCGAUUUAUAGACCGCCGAUAUCCGAAUACACGCCUCCCGAUGUUGAGUCGCAUAUGAUUAGAUUCACGACGUCAUCACCUGAAUGGGUGACUAAUGGAAACUCAUGGCAACCGCGAGAUAAUUGGAAUUCGGUUGGGGAAGAAGAAGAAGAGGUUAAAUCCGAACCAAGAAUUUAUAAAGGAUGUCUUGUCAAUGGUGAUUGUGAGCUCAAAUACGAUGUCGAUUCGUUCUGCGAACAUCCAACAAAUCCUUCAUUUUAUCUCCAAUGUGCUCCAAUGUUCGGACGUCAUGGUCGAUGGACUGAACGCCAGUGUCCAGAUACAUUGAUAUUCCUUGCUUCGGUUGGACGAUGUGAAAAGAAUACCGCCGAUCGCCGAACGCCAUACGAUCCAAAUAAUCGAGUUGUGAUUCCGCGAUUACCUUCAGAAACAUCGUUUGUACAAUGGAAGGGAAACACCGUAAUUGACAAUUCGGCGAAAGUGCCGAAUCCACGUGUCUACCCGCCGAUACCUGAAAAUCAUCCGCCUCAAAUUUAUAACACGAUCGACGAAUUCCCCAAGGAUUUGCUACCGAGAAUACCGGAAGUGAUCCUAAAUCUACCAGACCAAAGUCAAUACUCGCAGCAAUAUCAAAACUCAAUUAAAUCGGAUAUUGAUUUAUCGCACAUUCAUCCUCUAUUCCCGCGGGUUCAGCCAGACUUUUUGACAAAGCUAAUGCCAGGAUUAAAUUUGAAACUACAAGAUGCACCAGGAAAAUCACAGUCAAUAGGAACGAUUGUAAAACCAGUACUAAAACAGAUUGCCUUAGAUCAGACUGAGCAGUUUUUAGAUAGAUUACUAGCGGAUCAGGCAAAUUCAACUAUAUCAGAAGAUGCGGAUCGUUUGAGAGGAGAAUAA